GACCCGGAAGUAGUUGGAGGGGAGGAGGAGGAGAUACCUGCAUCAUGGCCGCGUCCUCACUGAGGCCACGCGUCUCCGCUCUCGGCCGGGUCGCGCUCCUCCUCCGCCGUCUCCCUGGCCCGUGCCCGCCCGUGCUGAUGCAGGUGCGUGGCUCGCAGUACAACCCCCACUACCUGCCGCCAGACCCCAUCGGAGAGCGCAGCCGCUUGCAGCAGCAGCAGCCCCCUGCGGAGCUGAGCGCAGAGGAGCGGGAGCUCGACCAGCUCAAGGCAGUGAGGCCCAUCAAGGCGGCGCCGGCCAGCCUCACCAGCUCCGUGUUCUACGAUGACACGGUCAGCAAAUUCAUCAACAUGCUGAUGAAGGGUGGAAACAAGGUGCUGGCCAGAUCCAUCAUGCAAGAGACAUUGGAGCUGAUUAAGCGCAAGCAGCUGGAGACAUACUAUAAGACGCCGGAGCCCGAGCGAGACGCCAUUGAGUGCAACCCCUACACCAUCUUCCACACGGCCAUGGAAAACUGCAAACCGGUCAUCGGCCUCGUAACGGUCAAGAAGGGAGGAAAAAAUUACCAGGUGCCGACACCGCUCAAGGACAACCGGCGGCGAUUCCUGGCGAUGAAGUGGCUCAUCACGGAGUGCCGCGAGAACAAGGCGCGCCGCUCGCUCAUGCAGCAGCGGCUGUCCGUGGAGGUCCUGCGAGCGUUCACCAACGAGGGCAACGUCAUCAAGCGCAAGCAUGACCUGCACCGCAUGGCCGAAGGCAACCGCGCGUUCGCGCACUACCGCUGGUGGUAGGGAAGGUGCCAAUGCGAGCACCACUCGUCCGCCCACCAAUACCCUCUCUCCGUCUCUGCACCGCCACCGCCAUCGAGUGUUGUGGGAAGAAGGGAGCAGUGCAGCAAAGUCCAUUGUUCUGUACACCCCCCCCAUCUUCAUCAAUCUGCGCUGACAGUGCACGGUGAAGUCCGGUUAAAUAAGCCUCACUGCCUCCAUGAUGCGGGUAGACCCUCAUCCGGCAGUGGCUUGACACGCAGGCUGCACGUGUGACAGUUGUGGCAAGUGACCUUAGCUAUGAUGGUAACUCCAGUAGUUUGGCGCUUGAGGAUGCGCCGAUCACGGGGUUCGGCUGUGCGGCGACCUGAACGAUGGGAACAGACACUGACGUGCGCAGGGUUGCCACCUGAGAGUUCCAAAAAAAACGGGACCUAUCAUGGGAAGCGGAAUAUUUCACAAUAUUGGAAGAGGGGAGAGCUAUGUGAGUGGUGUAUUAUUGCCUACAACUGCUAAAAUUCUGGGACUAUUAAUGUCACGGGGAGACGCAGACAUUAUCUGGGACAGCCACCUCAAAACGAUGACGAUCCUGGGAAAACCAGGACGGGUGGCAACCCUGGCCAUGCGGUACUGUCCAGGAGCCGCCCGUCCCAAAGCGUGGUGGUUAUGGGUUGGAAUUGUGCACCGAUUCAUGAUCGGUUCUCUGAACGUGCGAUUCAUUUAAUCGAAUAACGUGUCUAAGAAUCGAGGUGUUUUCGAUUCCUACAUGCAUGUAAUAGUUUUACGUGAUCAUCCCCUGCAGUUGCUCGAUGCCGCUACGUUCAUCACAUUGUAAAAAAAUAUAUAUAAUCGAAUCGCAAUCCUGAAUCGCGAUAAUAGAGUGGAUUGCCGGCGAGAUAAUCGCUCUGCUCCUAAUAGUUAUCAGCAGCAACACGACUGCCCUGUGCCCUCUCUGUAUUUACGGUCGAUAUUUUGUGUACUUUAAUGUAACCUUGUUCCGCGUUUUGUUUUCACGCGUUCAAGUUAUAUUGUGGAUUAUAAAUUUCUACCAAAAUAAAACGCGGGAAAAUUUUAAA